ACCGGGCGGAAGCGCGGGCGAGCCGGGCCGGCGGCCGGGCGGAAGCGGCACGCACGCCGGGGCCGCCAUGCCUGGGGACCACCGCCGCAUCCGCGGGCCCGAGGAGUCGCAGCCGCCGCAGCUGUACGCCGCCGAGGAGGAGGCCGAGGCGCCCGCGCCGCGCGACCCGACGCGGCUGCGGCCCGUGUACGCGCGCGCGGGGCUGCUGAGCCAGGCCAAAGGCUCGGCCUACCUGGAGGCGGGAGGCACCAAGGUGCUGUGCGCCGUGUCGGGCCCGCGCCAGGCCGAGGGCGGCGAGCGCGGCGGCGGCCCGGCGGGCGCGGGCGGCGAGGCCCCCGCCGCGCUGCGCGGCCGCCUGCUCUGCGACUUCCGCCGCGCGCCGUUCGCCGGCCGCCGGCGCCGCGCCCCGCAGGGCGGCGGGGAGGAGCGCGAGCUGGCGCUGGCGCUGCAGGAGGCGCUGGAGCCGGCCGUGCGCCUGGGCCGCUACCCGCGCGCGCAGCUCGAGGUGUCGGCGCUGCUGCUCGAGGACGGCGGCUCGGCGCUGGCCGCCGCGCUCACGGCCGCCGCGCUCGCCCUGGCCGACGCGGGCAUCGAGAUGUACGACCUGGUGGUGGGCUGCGGCCUGAGCCGCGCCGCCGACCCCGCGGCCGCCUGGCUGCUGGACCCCACGCGGCUCGAGGAGGAGUGCGCCGCCGCCAGCCUCACCGUGGCGCUCAUGCCGGUGCUCAACCAGGUGGCCGGCCUGCUGGGCAGCGGGGAGGGCGGCCCGACCGAGAGCUGGGCCGAGGCCGUGCGCCUGGGCCUCGAGGGCUGCCAGCGCCUCUACCCCGUGCUGCAGCAGUGCCUGGUGCGCGCCGCCCGCCGGAGGGGCGCCGCCGCGCCGCCCUGAGGACCCGCCGCCCGCCACGCUGCACCCCGGAGAGAGGAUCGGUUCCCGUCGCCGCGCGCCGCCGUGGCGCUGGACGAGCCACUGGGUUGGUCGCGCCGAAACUGUUCCAUCAGGAUCCUUUGGUAACCUUGGAGAAACCAGCGAAUGCCGCCCGGGUCGCGGGGGGAGGGGCUGCGGAUGAACUGGCCUGGAGCACAGCACCCCGAGGAACUGCACCCUGUCCCGCAGCCCAGACUGAGCCCGGCUGUCGCGAAACUGCUUUGGGCCGAAGGAAGAAGGACCAGGGGGCCUGUGCCUUCUCGUUG